AUGUGCCCUGAUUUACAUUCGGAUGCAGAUCUCGUCAGUACACCUCUCUGGCCACGCCCCCCUCUGCACUCUGGCCACGCCCCCCUCUGCACUCUGAGCACGUCCGCCGUGGAACCAGGACAAACAAGCCUGUCCCACGGUAUCCCCACAGUCAGUCUGAUCUUCUGCGGCUGUGAACGACCGAGCACCGGACAGACAGGUACCUCCAUCCCCGCCAGCCUCAUCCAGGCUCCCCCGGGCCUGGACCCUGCAUGUCACCCCGGUUUGACAGCACCGAGCCCCCUGCAUGUGCCGCUGGGUCUGCCCCGUUAG